GACUGCAACUUCACAAAUAUCUAAUGCCUCAAAUCCCACAAAGUUCUUCUCUCAUACCCCAAAAUAUUUUUUUUUAUUAGAAGCAAAGUAAACACAGGUCUUAUCUACUAGUUAUGUAUGAUUGGUAGUCUUUGAUCAUCAACAACGUGUCCUUGAUAAAGGGUGUCUUGAAUCCCUGUGUUUAAUCAUGACAAGCUAGUACUACUGCUUAAUCUUUAAAUUUCCACUCACCUUUAAAAACUUUGUUUUGUAAUUUGGUUUUUCUCAUUUGGGCAAGAUAUGAAUUUUUCCAUGUUUCUUUUCACCUCAGUGUCUCAACGCUAAAGCAGUAAAAUAUAGAAAUAUAGUGUAGUUAUUUUGGAAAUUAACUUUGUACAGUGUGUAAAGAGUUCAAAAACUGAAACAGGUUAAAUUUAAGUUAUUUAUGGAUGUGACUGAUUUGUGUUUUUAAUUAAAACAAAAUAUUCUCGUUUGAUAAGUCGUUGUCCUUUAAUUAUUUUUUAUGUUUUUAUGGUCAUGUUGUAAUUAUGCUUCUGGUGUUAUCUAAUUAGUAUCAAAUUAAUUAUUUUGUGGUGUGACUGCCUGUUUCACUUUAGCGGAUGAUUAACAGAUAACAAACCUGGCCAUGUCUGAGUGUGACGGCCAGUUUCCAGUAAAGUUGACUUGUACCUAGACAUCCCAACAAUGCUUUGAUGGCAGCACGGUAAGAAUAGCUCUCUCCGCAGGUCCUGUGCUCUGCAGACAGGGUAAGAGGCACUAUCAGCGCGUUAGAGGUCAGUGUGUUUAGUGGGGAGCGCUGACGAUCAGCAUUGUGAUUUUAGAAGCAAGUUAAAGGAGAGAGCAACUCGGGGGACAUCACCUCGAAACAUCAUCAGAAGUCGGACUUGCCAGUUUAAAAGAGGCGUUGAAUGAGGAUGAUGGGGGCAAAAGAGAUAUUCUUCAUCACUAUAAAUCAAAAUGUGUCCUUUAUUGGCAAAACCUGGUGGAUACUGAUGUUGGUUUUCCGUCUGCUUGUCCUCCUCCUGGCCGGCUUCACGCUCUUUAGUGACGAACAGGACAGAUUUAACUGUAACACCAUGCAGCCAGGCUGCUCUAACGUGUGCUUUGAUCUAUUUGCUCCCGUCUCUGUCCUCCGUCUCUGGCUCUUCCACCUUACUCUUCUCGGUCUUCCCCAUUUGAUGUUUGCCACCUACAUCAUGCACAAAGUUUUGUCAUGUCCCUAUUUUGGAGGUUUCUACUGGGGCAGGAGUCGAGGAGGCUCGCCUUGCAGCGAGAAUUCAGAAUCCUCGAGAGAGUCGUCCUCGCAUAAAGCCAUGCUUCAUGACCUCCCACUUGGGAGGUCAUGCGUGGGAGCGCCACGCUUCUACGGCGCUUACUUUGUAGUUAUAAUUCUACGAAUUCUUCUAGAAGCUAUUUUUAGCGCAGCCCAGUUCUUUCUCUUUGGUUUGUCGAUUCCUAAGAGUUUCCUCUGUUAUGAGGCUCCCUGCACAUCUGGAGUUGAAUGCUACAUAUCCAGACCAACAGAAAAGAACUUAAUGCUCAACUUCAUGCUCUGCGUUGCGUUUUUAUCAGUCCUGUUAAGUUUGGUUGAUUUGGUGAACUCUGUGAAAGCAAUGCUGAGGUGGAGGAGGAAGAAGGAGAUGCUGAUGGAGGAGAUAAGUAAUAGAGAGCAAAACAGCAUGUUUAGAGUGGCAACUGUGACAGAAGACACUGAUAUUCUUUUAACCAGACGAUCCAGCCCAAGUGGAAGCUCAAAGGUGAAUGGCCUCAGAGAUGAAAAACCUGCUGAUGGAGUUGUGCCAAAUAGUGGACUUUUUCAAACGAAGGCGAGUGUUGGGACCACGGUUAGAACUAGUGCAGCUAAUGACAAGAGGCCAGAAAAUACAGAUGGCAAAGAGGUGAUGCCUCGGUCACCAACAAGCACUUCAGUGUCAUCUCACUUUGCCCCUCAGCACCACUUAAAACCUCCACUGUUCUCUCAAACAGACAAGGGAUCACCAACGAACCCCAGAGCAACAACACCAAUCCGGCAGUGUCGUAACGACGGCUCUCAAGACAAGAGAGCAUGGGUCUAAUUGGCUGACCGUGGCUGUUCAUUAUUGGCCCUGCACACACAUUUACCUCAUUAACAAAACCAAAUAUUUUGUUAGAUGUGAAUAAAUAAAUUCUUCUUUACCAG